CUGCACAAUGCACUGCGAGCCUUGCGGGUCUUCGGAGCUAAUGGCUUUCCCCUGGCAGGCUUAUUGUGAGCACAGAGACUAAAAAUAGGUCAUUUAAAAAGUCAAGAAGCUUGGUGUGAAUGGCUACUUACGGACAGUGACAAGACAAAAUAUAACGUCAGUCUUUGAUGUUCUUAUUUGAUGAUGCUAGCAGCAAAACAUCUCCUCCUCGUGCCAAUUAACUUUGUUCAAAUGAGAGCGGUGGGCUCGAGGAGGUCACGCGUGAAGGUGAGAGGAAAAGAGGGGGUGGAGGGAGCGUAGUCUGCUAGAGAAGAAAAUGAGAGAAGGGAGCUGAACUGGUUUUCAAAGUUGUGGGGGGGGAAAAAUCCAACCUUUUUUUUUCCCCCAGUGGCGCUACGUCGGAUGCGCUCGAGUCGAGUCAGAGAGCGCGCACGCAGCUCUCGUGGGGACACAGAGAGAAGAGACGUGUGAUUUCUCUUUGUACUGAAUGAAGAGUUGAGGCCGGCUCCGCUACUGCUCCAUUCUCUUUUUAUAGAAGCAGAGUUUGCAUGCUGUAAAUAGCCAGAUAAGCCGGUUAUACUUUAUGUUUCCCAGUAGCCGUCGUUCCCUUUUGUUUUGAGGAAGCGACCGGGCCACUGAUGUCCCUUUGAGCGAUUUUUUCUUUGGACAACAAAAAAGCAUCAGGUCCAACGUUGUUUCUUCGGGAGAUUUCAAGUCACACACAUUUAUCAGCCGGGAUUUUUCAGUGCGGAAAAUCGAACAGCCGCACGUCCGCAGACCGCUUCGCCUCUCUUCCGUCGCUCCUUUCACACUUCUACACCUCGGCAGGGGGAUUUUUUUCCCAAACCGAGCGACCAUGGCUGCUGUAACAAGCCCGGAGACAAGCCCCCAACCCCGGGUAUAUUUCCAGACGCCGGCCGGCACUACUGAGGAACCAGAGACACCCGUUCGGAAGCAGGGACGCGUAACCGUAAAAUACGAUCGUAAGGAGCUGAGGAAGAGACUGAACCUGGAGGAGUGGAUUAUCGACCAGCUAACGGACCUCUACGACUGUGAGGAGGAGGCCAUCCCAGAGCUGGAGAUAGAUGUGGAUGAGCUGCUGGACAUGCCCAGUGACGUUGAACGGGCAGCCAGGGUCAAGGACUUACUGGUUGACUGUUUUAAACCUACUGAGGACUUUGUCUCAGAGCUGCUCGACAAGAUCCGAGGGAUGCAGAAGCUCUCCACGCCUCAGAAGAAAUGAUGGCGUCCCUCCUGCUCCUCCCUUCCACGUUGACCCUCUCACCUCUUGUCUUCCUACCGCGUUUUCCAUCCUUUUAUUUUCAUGUCAGUCUUCUUCCAUUGAGGACCGUUUUACCCUCCUCUUGUUAGGCCCAUUUAUUCAUUUCUUUCUCUCUUGUUGUCUGGAUCCUGUCCCAUACAUCGCUUAUUUUUCAUUUUUUGUGACCUUGCCUUGUUGUCAGACAUCCUUCUUAAGAAUGAUCAACAGAGAAGGAGAAGUAAACUAAUAAAUUAAAAAAAAAAAAAAGAGCAUAAUAACCAGGCCAAAACAACAGGCGAUUCAUUGGUCUUAAUCCAGGCACUGUCCUUCCUUCUCCAUUUCACUCCUGCUCCUCCUUCACCCUUUGUUUGGCUUCACUCCUCUUCCUCAUCCAGCCCUUCUUCCUCCCACCCUCCCUCGCACCACCCUCCAUCUGUCUGAGAAGCAAGAGGAGAGGAGAGGAGAUGAGACGAGCCCCAUAAUUACUGAGAAUGGGGUGGCCGGGAGUGGGAAGAGAAACAAGAGAAAAAGUCUGUGACGGCCAAGAAAAGAGUGGAAGGAGGAAGCAGCCAUUCAGCUUGAAGCAGGGCCUAAUCAUUGCUUAUGUCUCUACCAAUGUGGCUCUUUAUUUUGUUAUUUCUAAGAGGUUUAAACUUGUAAAUGAUCCAGCUACCAUAACUCUUUUUAGAUAUUUCUACUUCAGUUUGAGGGUAUGGGAAUAUUUACUUGACUUUAGUUUUUUAAUUUUAAACUUUUCUGGGGGUUGUCCAUAGAGUCCUUUCAGAUCAUACCCCUCCCCCAUCGUAAUCAGAGGCAUUUGCUACAGUGGUGCAUUUAAAGACUGUCUAUUUUUGUGUGUGUGUAUCUGUUGAAAAAUUCUGCACUAUGUCAUUUAGGGAAGAAAAUCUGACCACAAAGAAUAAUGUAUGGCAUCUCUUCAGUCCAACAUAGAGGAAAAUUUGAUCCCUUGAAACAGUGUAAAGUCACUGGUUGGCUGUGGUGGUCACAUGGUCCAACUCAUUUUAGAAUAAAAGUCUUCCCUUGAGGCUAGAGUAGAAGUAGAAGUUCUCUUAGGUGGGGAGUGCAGGAAUAGAAAUUCCUAACAAAAAAAGAGCUAAGUACAUUUUUCUUUCCUCAGAUGCGUGGUGCAGUCAUGAGAGGCUCUUUAGAGGCCACUGCUGUCCAGCCUGCACAUACAUAUGUACAUCUGUGUGUUGCUAAAUGCUACGUGUGCGUGUGUUGCUACAUAAUGUACAGCAACAUUCACAAUAGGAGUGUUUUUCUGGCCUGUAUAUUCUGCUGUUCUGUGCAACAAAUUAGAUUUUUAGUCAAGGACUGGUUCCUGUUUUGGAUUUUUUUUUUUUGGGGGGGGUGUUCUGCAUUUUGUCACACACACACACACACACUGACAGGCCGGCAGGGGGGCCCAGAACAAAGCUGCCUUGUUUUUGUUUUGUUUGUUUUUCCUUUUUUUAAUCCCCCCCCUCCCUUUGUCUCUUUCUCACUGUUUCUGUUUCUGUCCUUAGAAAUGGUUUAGUCCACCACGUCAGUCCAGAGCUGUCACGUGUACAUGGAACCUCUGACUGAAAAUGUCCAUGUUAGUGUCGAGACUUUGUACUGUCCUCUACCUGUCAGUAGGCCCACAGAUGAGGCAUCUGAAUGGGAGGCAGGGAGGGAGGAGAGCCACUGUUUUACAGUGAAGCUGCCUCAAUGCAUUCAGCCUUCUUUUUCUUUCUUUCUUUCUCUCAGUCACACAUAAACACAGGCCACCCUUUGGGCAGAGGAAAACAGAAACACAUUAGCAAACACAGCUGCCUCUGACACAGAUGGGCGCACACACACACACACUUAGCCCUAAGAGAGAAAGUGAGAGAGAGACAGGUCCUUAGCUGUCACAAGGUUUGUGUGUUUCUCUGCUGCGGCCGCCAAUCAUCUCCCAAGAGUAAGCCAUCUAUUUCUGACUCUAAGCCAAUCAGAUCAGCAACCGAAGCCCAUCGGCCAAUUGGAGAAGAGGUAACAUUUUGCUGCGAUUCCUGUGGCCAUUUGCUAACACCUGCGGCGACAGCAGACCUCCAGUGUCUGCCUCUUUAUGUCUCAACGCCAACUCACACACACACAUUGGCCCAUUUUCAUCUUGCUGCUCUGUCAUUUCUCCCUGGCAUCCCUUCCUCUCCCCCUCCUCCUCCUCCCCCUCCUCCUCCUCUCAUCCUUCUGUCCACCCUCCCUCUAUCCCUCCUUUGGUUUUCUUUCCUUUUUUUUUUUUUUUAAAAAAAAAAACAGAUGUUGCCUUAGGUAUUAUUUAUGUUACACAAACCAAAUAAACGGGAGACAUUCAUUUUUAAAAAGGUAACGCAAACUGCUGUUACCGAGCAGAACUACGGCAUGUGGAGAAUCUUGGAUCUUCUGCCGCUCCUUCUCUAUUCUUUUUUUCUUUGAAAAACAAUGAGAUUGUGGGUUUUUUGGUUUCUUUUUUUAGAAGUGAGUGUUUAAUACUUAGGGCUUGAUACAGUGAUUUUGUUUAGAUAAAACGAUGUUCUUUACAUUUACCAUUUGAAUACUGGUCUGUUUUUAUUGUGAUCAUAAAACUUCUUAAUGCCAGGCCUUGGAUUAACAUGUAGUUAAACAAAAAUCCAUUCAGAUACAUUUUGAUGCAAUUGCUUUUGCCUUCCUUGUGUGGUUUCCAAAUCAAGUGCUGUCUGCUUCUUUUGGAGACGUUCGGUCGUGUUGCACCAGGCAAGCUCAAUUAGUAGCUGAAUUUGAGUGGAUUUUCAUUUCUGAAUCCAGGUUUGGAUUAUACCUUCUUAGACUGUUAUUGAGAAGUCUCUUUUUUUACUGUUGGAGAAAAUUGCAAAAAAAAAUAUAUAUAUACUGAUUAUUAUCAUUGAGGCUAAAUACAAGAGCUAAACCAUGUGGAUUGAAGGAUUGAAGGAGUGGAAGUGUUUUUUGGACAAUGAUUAGAUCAAACCAACAAACAAAUGUAGCAAUAUCAACAACAGGUCUUGUUUUUGCCCAAUUUUGUUACACUUUUAUGCAACUUUAAUAAAAACAUGUGAAAUUGA